UGGGAAAAUGUGAAUAAAGUGUCCAACCACUGGGGGGGAUUACAGGCAAAAUAAAGAGUCAUCAUAAAUCCCGAGGUCGCUAUGGAGACUGGCAAGGAUGGUUUAAGGUGCCUCUCUGCGAGAAAACGAGGUUCUUGGUCUCAGAGCAUUAGUUUCCUGUGUCUAAUAAAACGUUCGUUACGGACGCUGCCGGUGCGUCCUUGUUCAUCCCAUCCGACCACAGACCGCUGCGCGCCACAAUAAUAAUAGCAUAGCGGAACUUCGAAACUCUGAUACGCUUGUUCCGAACGGACAGAAGUGCGGACGGACAGAGUGUGACGUCACCGCGCUCCCGUUGGCUGUGCGCGUAGAAAUGAAGCGCUGCGCGAACUAACGUGUCGCUCGUUCGUGAGGCUCCUUGGGGGGACUUUGCAAGAUGAACUUGACUGGUGCAUCCAACAGCUUGAGAGAAGCUUGUUGACAGAUAGUCACUCCCCAGGAAGCGAAGGAGAGCCGGCGAGCGCUCGGCGUGCUGCGCUCCCGCAGGACCCCGUCGCUGAGGAAGAGGCAGGUGAUGCAGAUGGUGUUUGGCGACUACGGGCGACGGAUGACGGACGACCGCGAGGGACAGACGCGCACGGCGAGGGCGGCACAUCCCCGAUCCAGCAGGGACGAUAGAGGGUUCAUCUGGGCUCCCAGCAACAACUCCUUCGUCUUCAACUUCUUCCCAGAUGGCACAACGAUGCAGGGUGCAGAAACUGCCGGAAUGAAUCCUGCCGCUCAGGAACCUGGCGCUCGGGGGGCCGCAGCUCCUUCAACAGGCCAGGGAGAGGGCUUCACCUUUAACUUCCACAUACCUUCAGAGACGCCAGUCGAGGCUGGUCCAGGCGCUGACACGGCAGCGUCUGUGGGACAGGGAGACCCUGGUGUUGGUGCCGUUGACAAUUCACAGGACACUGAGCAGAGCACAAAGUCUGCGGAUUCCACAGUCAAGAAGAAGAAACCCAGGAAGAAGAAGAAAAAGUCAGAGGGAACUGAAGGCCAGAACAAAACAACAGUGGCAUCCCAGAGUGGAGCAUCCAGUAGCACAGCAGAACCAGUGUGUGUGCUGACUGCAGAGCAGAUGCUGGCCAGAGAACUUGACUGGUGUAUCGAACAGCUGGAGCUGGGCCUGAGAACACAGAAAUCAACCCCUAAACAGAUGGAGGAAGCUUCUCGAGCUCUAAAGACCCUGCGUAGCGGUAAAGCCCACCUUGCGAAGAAGAGGCAGGUGAUGAGGACCGUGUUUGGUGACUACAGGAAAAAGAUGGAAGAGGAAAAUGCCAGACAAGUUAAACUAAUUAAGGAAGCUGUGAAGUCGGCCCGUGUCACCGCUGUGUCGGAGCCCAUCAAGAAGCCCGUCUUCCGGAGAAGAGCAGAGUGCAGAAGGCAGAGCCAGGGGCAAAAGCAGAGCGAUCAGGGCCAGAGUGAGACCCAGACUCCAGAGGGGGGGCCCAGGUCCGAUAGUGAGAGAUUCGUCUUCACCCCUUCCCAGGAGGAGUUCUGUUUCAGCUUCUUCUGAUCCACUCUCCUGUCCUACUCAAGUGCCUGAUGAUGCAAAUACUUCAGUCUUUAUCUGUGCUUUGUGGAGAAUAAGACCAUUUUACUGUGGCUGUAAGAAGUAUAUCUCUUUUUCUUUAAUAAAAUAUGAAACUUAGUUUGAGAGUCAUUUGAAAUGGAUCCUGAUUGCAGUAGUUGGAAAAUAAGGCUGGCUGUUUGAGUACUGAUGCUACAGCCUCCAAAGCACCUGCACGUUCCGGAAGUAAUACUAUUAACCAUCGAGUUGAGUGACAAAGCAAGUGACCAUAUCUGCAGAGGAAUGCAACAGGUUUUCAACUUGUUCUGAACAGAAAAGUCCAUUCAAACAUAGUAUCAGUUGACUGCAGGUCUACAUUAAUAUUUGGUAAAAUAUAACUGAUAUGUAGAUGUAUUUCAUCUGAAAAGUUAUACUAGUGUAUACUUUUCAGGUUGUAGCCUCCCGCCUCCUAACACGGGACAGAAACAUCACACCUCACCUCUAGGAGGCGAUAGCUCCUCAUCUACAGUCGCAGGAAGUCAUUGGGACCGAAGCUGCUGCCAGGGACCCUGCAGCCAUACCUCAUUUUGGAGACCAGUGACGUUCGGAAGACUGUCAGCAGCUGUCUGCCUUUUACGCUGUGACAGUUGUCCUUGGCAGAUGUUUGCAGUACCAAAUUAAAACCCUCAGUGUAAAAUGAUCAGAGAUUUACUGGAACGCU